CUUAUACUUUUCGGACAAUAGUAGUUGGAGCCGGGCGCAGUGUUAUUGAAGUGCUCGAGCAGUGUUGUCAAACAAUUGAGAAAAGAGCUGUGUCGUGCGAAAGGUUGCAGGACCCCGCCAGCCGGUCCGCGCGCGUCGCCCCGGGCGUGGCUAUAAAGCGGGCCCGCGAGACUGCCGCGCCCCCCACCGAGCGCCGCUGCCGACCCCGCAGAUCAUGGCGCCCCUCUGGCUGCUGGUGUUGGGCGUGGCGGCCGGUGCCGCCGCCCAGGACCCCACGCCCGUUGUCAUCUGGCACGGCAUGGGCGACUCCUGCUGCUUGCCCACCAGCAUGGGCAUGAUCAAGAGGACCGUGGAGGACAACGUGCCGGGCGUGUACGUCCGCUCGCUCAUGAUCGGGCCCAACAUCAUCGAUGACACGCUGAACGGCUUCUUCAGGCCGGUCGACUCCCAGAUCGAGGAGGUGUGCCAGAAGCUGGCCGCCGACGAGAAGCUGCAGGGCGGAUACAACGCCAUGGGCUUCUCCCAGGGCGGCCAGUUCCUCCGGGCGGUAGCUCAGCGCUGCCCCAGCCCACCCAUGAAGAACCUGAUCACGUUCGGCGGCCAGCACCAGGGCGUGUUCGGCCUACCUCACUGCCUCGGCACCACCGGCGUCUGCGAAAUCGUCCGUGAGAUGCUCGACCUGGGCGCUUACAACAGUUACGUGCAGUCGCACCUGGUGCAGGCCCAGUACUGGCACGACCCGACCAAGCGCGAGGAGUACCUGGAGGUCUCGCAGUUCCUGGCCGAUAUCAACAACGAACGGGUGGUCAAGAACGAAACUUACAAGGAGAAUCUGAAGAAGCUGGAGAACCUGGUGUUGGUGAUGUUCGGCAGCGACACGAUGGUUGUGCCGCGUGAGUCAUCUCACUUCGGCUUCUACGCCGCGGGCCAGGACAAGACGGUGGUGCCGCUGCAGCAGACCAAGCUCUACACAGACGACUACCUGGGUCUGAAGGAGCUGGACGAGGACGGCCGCCUGGCCAUGCUGGUCGCCGACGGAGACCACCUGCAGUUCAGCAUCACCUGGCUGGUGGAGAACGUCAUCAACGUGUACCUGAAGUAGCCGACCGUUGCAACGGGGCCGCGUUCCGCUCUCUUUUCCGGGCGGGCGUUGCGGGAGGUGCUGCCAUCUCUGAGCGGUGGGCUGUAGCAGUGUUAUCGGUGGCCAACACUUGGCGUGAGUGCCAAUGCGUGGCGCGAGUGAUAAGCCGAACGUUUUGUAUAUUCUUGUCAUCAGCAUUACCCUGAGAUUAAGGCGAGAUGGCUGGCGCCAGUGGCCACCGCGGUGGCCCGUUGUGGGUGUAUGUUUCGUUAAAUGGGGUGUAGCUAUGUUAGCCAUGAUCUUUGCAGGGAAAAAGGGCCGUUUUAUAAUUAGUAUCUGACGUGAUGAGAGCUUCGUCUCGCAAGUACUCCAAUCAUAUCGGUAACAAGGGAAGCCGGCUAUCAUCGGCCAGUACGUUCUCAGCUGGGAUGGCUCGCGCGCCGCUGUCUGGAAGCUACGGGCGUGCCACGUUAACCGAGCAUAGCAGACCACGUAGACUACUGUAUGCAACCUUUGGUGUUAGACAUGGAUGGGGCUUCAUAGUAUCCGUUCGGAAAGGGAGGGGUAAGUGGGGAGGGGCAGAUUCUCCAAGCGCAGGUGUGGCGGUGUUUUGAGUGCCUCUCAUUGCGUUUUGGGGUAGCUCCAGCCUUGCAGUGCUGGGGAUGCUUUGACAAACGGUUAGAACGAGACUCUCCCAAAGAUAUCAGGUUACAGCCAUGUACUCCGAUAGACUAAUAACUGCUGCCAUGAAGUAUGGCCAGUCGGUAAUGCAAAAUUUCGUGUGCUCUGGAUUGUGCCGCGCACAUUGUUUUUGUAUGCGGUAUGAACAUAGGUAGGUAUUGUGCUCUACUUGGGGACGAUUGAAAGGUAUUUUUGUCCGCCUAUAUGCAUCUGGACAUGGCUUCAAAUAUCUAGUCUUACUAGCAGUCUCUAUUCGCGCAAGCGUACUAGCAGAACUUUUGCGACGUUAAGCUGUCAUAGCCUUGAGAUUGCCUUCUGAACUAUGAGAUAUGCUGCUGAGCUUUGCAAAUAUGUGAUAUGAAGCAAUACAUGCUUUGUUCGAA